CGGAUAAGAAGUAUGCUGACUUGAUAACUAUAAAGCUGAUACUCCAUGACAAAACACGGUAUUAUAUUUACAGCAACAUUAUACACUGGAUGUUUAUCGCAAUUCCACCCCUCGUUCAUGGAUACUGGCGUGUAAAGCCACAAGGGGACUAGAGAACAGAAUGGUCCACAGAAUCUGACCGCUUCUCGAAUUUCAUCUCCAUUUCUCUUUUACUAUAGAUUCAGUCGGUUAGCAGCUGUACUUCAUGCCGUCUCGAUGGAGUCUUCGAGCACCGAAGCGGACUCAAUAUUGUCUCGUCAGCAGGCGGAGGUCCAAUCCCACGCCGAAUGUCAUGAAAACAUACUAACAGAGUCUUUCUCUGUUGGUAACAUGAGUGGACAUGGCUGGAAAGAACUUCAAGAUAAAUAUGUGGAUCUCAUGGAACAACAUAAAAAAGCAGAAGAUGCUCUCAGGAACCAUACUUCCAGACUCCUAGAGGUUUUCAUGGCGUGGUCCCAAACAACUAUCAUGCGCGACGAAAAAAGGGCGUUGAGAAGAUUUAAGACCCAAAUGCAACAUGUUCAGAAUUCCGAAGAGACCUUGAAGAAAAAGAAGAAACAUUAUACCGAUGUGGUCAAAGCGUUCGAGAGUGCUCUCGCAUUGCUGGACGACCGCGUUUAACCAUACACAUGACCAAGAGGUCAGCUCCAUGUCAUGCAAUCGCACGCUCCUAAUUCUCCCUCGCCGAGAUUCCAGGCAUUAUGCUAUGGGCGCUUCAGUCUAGAAUGAUUUCUUGUGAACUUGUACUAGGGGCGCUUCUCUAUACGCUCAAUUAUCGUGAGUUCCUGCUUAAAGUGAAAUACUAAAGAAAUACUACCGC